AUUUAAAACUUAAUGAGCGUUCCUUGCUGUCUGACAAGAGAAAGCAUGUAACUUUCUGAAGAAAGUCACCGUGACCCGUCGGCUUUGAGUAAUAAAAAAAUUCGAAAAUACACAAUGAGUGAUUCAGAACAGCAACAAGAGGCUGAAAAGGCGUGUGAGCCCCAGUGGCCUGAGAAUGGAGACAAGUGGAGCGAUACAGAGGAUGGGACAAACAUGGACUGUGGGCUUCUGCAGGCCAUGGCCGAAGAGGAUGAGGACAUAAAUGUCCACAAUGACGAGACGUUUGGAAUGGACCUUGAUGCACACGGGGCCACAGAGGACCCCAGCACUGGUCUCCUUCAGUUUGGAGAGCCUGCACCACCAUCAUCACCACCACCACCACCAGACCCAAAACCACCAUCCUGCCAUAGAUCCCCCUCCCCUCGCUCCCCCUCCCCUCCCAAACAGAGACCUCAGUAUAUGCCCCGACCUCUUAGAGGGCGGUUUGGCAGAGGUCGGGGACCCAUGGGAGGUGGGCUGGGCAGGGGACAGAUGUUUGAGGACCCAGCAGUGAUGAGGACAGUGGAGGGCCGGCCAAGCCUCAAGAGUCUGGACAGUGCCAUAGUGGACUGUGGGAGUGCCAUGUAUCAUAAUAACUUAGAGGAUGACUAUAUUGAGCCCUCCUCCAGAAAGACUAGAAGAAUCUCAGGAUCAAUACUUCAGGACCAAGCUAUAGUGUGUGUGAUUGAUGGUCACAGAGGAGGAGGUCAGCACCUGACCGCCAACUACUUGGAUUUGCCGCAUCCUGUCUCAUCCUUCAGGGGCAGCAGAGGAGAACCUAGAGGAUCAUACUCAAGGAGACAGUUUGGCCUACGAGACCACAAUCAGAUGCAUGAAACCAUGGUGCCUGGAUCACCCCGCUUCGCACGCCAACCGUUAACCCCGCGGCAACAUUACAACCAGACAGGAAGUUUCAUGUUGCCUUCAAAUCAUCCAUGCCCCUCAACUCCUCAGUCUUUGCCCCCUAAGAUGAUGCAACUUCGCUUCGGUGCCAACUCACCAAGACCAUCCCCCUUUUACAGCCCCUCGUCCAAUUCAGUGCAACAUUUCAGGUUACCUGGACCUGUCACCCAGCUCCAUCCCCAACAUAAACGACUACUCGGUCAGAAACAACGUUUAUUCCAAAGGAAAAUAGAGGGCUGGGAUCCUUACAGUAAUAUCAUGACAGCCAAAGAGAAGGAGUGGAUCACCAGGCUGCAGAUGAUCCAGCUGCAGAGUGAGAAUCCAUACCUUGAGGACUACUAUUACCAGGAGUACUAUCGGAGAAUAGAGGCCAAGAUGGCAGAGGAAGAGCUGGGCAUCAGGAGUAAAAGGGAGCCACUCAAGCUAACCACACCGUACAUCACAAAAACGGACUCGUACACACCAGUGGUGCACAUUGAAGGCUCUUUGGGUCAAGUUGCCGUGUCCACAUGUUACUCUCCUCGACGUGCCAUCAGUGCUGUUCAUGCCGUCCAAGUUCACGGUCCACUUGAGGAACAAAAAGACAUCAGGCAGCAGCGGUUAGAAGUCCUCAGCAAAAUAGAAAAGUUGUUCGUAGUACUGCUGGAAGUGGAGGAGACGGAGAGGAUAAAAACCACAGUGUUGUCCGAAGCAGAGGAAAGACAGUUGAUGGAGAAGACUCAAAGGAAAGUGGAGCACAUCUACUCCCAGCUGCAACAUCACGAUCCUCUAGAUUCAGGAGGGGAGUUUCUUCCUUUCCUGUCCAUCUCAAAAGGAAAAAGGCUUCUUGCUCGUCUGCUCCCGUUCCUGAAACAUGAUACUGCACUGAAAAUCCUGCACAUUGUGACUUCCAACCUGCCAACACUGAUGAGCAGAGAUACGGAAGAGGCUCUUCCUGUUCUCUACCCGCCUCUUCGGAAUGUGAUUGGAGGCCUGACGUUCAGUCAGUUAAUUGGGGUCCUCAAAGACCUGACAGCCUCUGAGUCUCUAACAACAUACGAGUCACUCACACUGGCAUGUCAGAACAAGUUUGGACUGUCGUUACUUUACGCCCUCCUGUCCCAGGGAGAGAAGCUGCUGUCCUCAGGUGUCCCUCUGGAGCCCAGCAUUGGUGACUUUGAGACCUGGACUGAAACAAUAUUCCAGGUGGCAGGACAGCUGUCCCAGUGUUCACUGGUGGAGCCGCUCCUCCUGCCCUCAAACCUGCUCACCCUCUUCUGUCGUUACCUGGACAAACGCACCGUGCAUCAGCUGAAAAGCAACAUGGAGUCUGCGACUGGAUUCCUGGCUCUCCCAUCUUAAAGUGGACACAAGCUUAUUCGAUGUCAAGCUAAUGACCAGGUUGUGGUGAGCACGUGAAUGAAAGGAGCCUUAACAAAAACUCCUCAGUGUUCAAUACGGCAGAACAAAUGUGAUUUACUCAUUGAUUGUUUUGAUUCUUAAUUUUUCCUCCCUCCCUCAUCCCUUCACAGUUUCGAACACUUUGACUGUUUCCCUUUUUAUUUCCUUUGUCUAAUCUUUUUUUUUUUUUACUCUCCUCCCUUUGGUCUCCAGUAGGACACAUUAACACAAAUAAUUCUAAAACAACAAUCAUGAGAAACAGGAGUUGCCAUAGUGUUUUGAGAUUUCUGUAUACUGAGUUAGUAACAUUUCAUUAACAAACCGACAAAGACGAUUUACUUUGUUCAGCUUUAGUCAAACAAUUGAACAUUUAGAUUUCCAGAUGACAGUUUACAGUUUACAUCCAGUUACAUUUAGGUAACGUAGAAGUGCCACUUACUGAGAUGAAUGUGUUUGAUCAGAUGUUGGUGACUAGACUGAGGAUUGUAUAGUUACUUAUGAUUGUACAGCUGAAGAUAUUUGUUCAUUAUAAUAAUAAUGAUAAUUAUUAAGGAAGUUGUCAUGGCGUGGUCCAUCAACAGAAGCCAUGCAAUUUUGUGUUUUUUUUGUAAAAAGACAUUGUGUAUACACGUGUAGCGAUACAAAAUAUGAUGUAUUUGGUGUAAUUUUCCAUCAUAGAUGUGUCAGUUGUAAAACAUAUUUUUAUUUAUUGUAUUCAUUUGGAAACAGGAAUAAUUUAGAUUGCACCCUUGUAGAGCACUUGCAAGACAAAUAAAAAAAAAACUUGUUAAAAAUG